ACAGUAGUGACUAUAAACCUCCCAGUGAGCACCACCCACAAGUCAACCAGCUAAAGCACAGAAGUCAAGCUGAAGCUGAGGCUGCUCCUGCAUACAUGAACCCACCUCAGACUCUUCGUGAAACCUGGCCUUCAUUUAAUCAAUACUUUUAUAAGACAACGAACAGCAUCUAUGGCUCAAGUACCUGUUCACAGCCUCCCUCCUGUUCCCUCUUCCCUGCCUCCUUGCGUCCAUUCGGCAUCCACACUCCUUCCAUGUCUGAGGUGUCUGGGGUUGUUGACUCCUCCCUGACAGAGGCCAGGACACAGGAAGCGGGAGUUGCAGGAGAGAAUGGGCCUUUUCUUUGUGAGGAGGAGAAAGGUCAGCUGCACUAUGUCUUUGGUGGAGAGGCUAAUGUGUUGGAGCAGCUGGAGGCAAAAGAUGAGCCGCAGCAGAUGAUUGAUGUUCUCUGCGAGGAAGGUGAGAUUGUGUUGUCAUCUCAUGCCGGUCUGGCCUGCUGUGACGAUUUCCUUAGAUGCGUCUGCAGAGAAGCCAGGCUGCAGCACCUGCUCCGCCUUCCUGUGGCCUGCAGUCCAAUUAUCACAGUCAAAGAUGCUGAAAAUUGGGCUCACUGUGCCUGCGUGAGGGGGUUGGGACCGGCUAUUGGACUGAAAAACAGCUUCUUCCUUCAGCCUACCUCCAGGCAGUGUUGUUGCUGUGAAUGGCAAAGUGAGAGCCCAAAUCAUUGUUUCUUUGAGGUGCAAACCUUCCCUCCCUGCAUCCCUCACAGCAGCAUAUUACCUCCGGCCCACGUACAGCCGACUUUCUACUGCACAGUGCCCAGCAGGAAGCCACCGUUGACAGAGUACCAAGCCAGGUACACUGCUGAGUGGGCCCAGCCUAAGAUGCAGCAGUGUUACAUUCACCAUCAUCAUCCUUCAUGUACCAAGAUACUUGAUCCUUCAUGCUGAAUCUCUUUUUUCUUUUGUCUCAAUACACAGCAG